GGCGUAUUGUUCUGAAGAGCACCUCACCCUCAGUGGUCUUCAUGCAUGCUGAAGAAGGGUAGAACGGUACGCAUUAUAUAAUGAUUUUAGGCUGGGGUUGUGUGGAACCUCUGUUUAAUUUUUUCCUAAAAGUACUAUUCGAAUAGCUCUCAGAUGACUUAAACAUUUUUGAUGCGUUCCAUUUCAUCAUGACAAUGUCAGAAGGAGAAUUCCAUGGCAUUGAAAAAAUCAUCCUUAUCUCUCUCUAUGCUGUUACUGUCCUCUUCAUGAUUGUGGUUGGAUUCCUUUGCCUAAAAAAGUAUCGGUCAAUGAGGAAGAUCAUACGAGAGCUGAGAUGUGGGAGACCUGAUGUGAGCCUCUCAGUUCGAGAUUCUCCCCCUCCGUCUACCAUCGUCCCGGCCCCUCCUGAACCAGUGGACAACACUGCAGCAAUGCCGUUACAACAACAAACAACAAAUGACAAAAAGCCAAGCUGUAUAUUUCCCUGGAAGCCUCUCCAACAGGUUCCCCGGUUCACAAAAGCAGACCUGAGCCUCAUUCAGCUCAUGAAGGCGGGGAGAGAAGGGGUGUUCUACAAAGCUAGAAUUACAAGAGGCACUUGUAAAGGCCACUCCAUGAUCACUUGCAAAAUUGGAAAAGAAGGUAUUACCCCUAAGCAGAUGGAAAAUGAGGUCUCUAUAAUGAGAAAGCUGGCUUAUCAUAAAAAUGUAAUGCAGCUGCUAGACUGGAAUACAACAGAGGAGCCAUAUGUGCUGAUCAUGGAGUUCAUCAGCUAUGGCACGCUGCGCAGUUUUGUUCAGAAACACAAAGAGAAUCUGAGCACCGACCCCGAUCUGCAGAGCCAAUUCACUAUCGCAUCCUACCACGUCGCCUUGGCCAUGGAACACUUGCGCUCAAAAAUGAUAGUGCAUUGUGACCUUGCCUUGAGGAAUAUUCUGGUGAGUCGUUUCCCCUGGGAGGUGAAAGUAACAGAGUUUGGCCUGGCCAGGGACUUGACCCGCAUGAGGAGUAGGCGCAGUAGCAGGAAAAAACAACACAAGGAACGUGUGCCACUGCGUUGGUACCCUCCAGAGUAUUUCCGGAAAAACUACUAUAGCUUUAAGGGAGAUGUCUGGGCUUUUGGUAUUUUGCUGUGGGAAUUGCAAACAUUUGGAACAUUGCCUUACCCAAACCUGAACUCAUCUGAGCAAGUGGUGUACAAUAUCUGUGCUGGAAAUAAGAAUACUGUUCCAAGCACCUGCCGUCCAGAGAUAGAACAGGUUAUGCAAGACUGCUGGUUGGAUCCUUACACGUCCAGACCUUCAUUUACAGACAUUGUCAGAAUCCUGGAGAAUAUUGUGGAAAGUGACGGGGAUUAUGUGGACGUUAGCAACCAAAGGGUCAUGAAUGCAGAAGACACUGAACUAAAAUAAGCAACUCAUUGCUUCACACACACCUAAUAACCAGGGGUGGUACUGGGAUAUGAUCUUUGGGGGGGCAUUUUGAUUUUUAAGGUGGGCAACUGUUUAUUUCUUUGUCGUACGGGGGAUGCUACUCCUUGAUCCUUUAGCUUGGGUUGGUCCCCUUGAUCGUGUUUCGCCAUUGGUUCCAGCAGCUUCGGAAGUGUUGUGGGGGAGGGGGGCAAUGCUAGGGCCAAUGCCCCUUAGACCUGGCCAUGCUAUUAACUCAAUUUUGUGACAAUGGUUCUAAUGUAACACUGUUAAUUGUGUACAUACUUUUAACAACGUUUGUAAAUAAGGACAUUACACAACUCUAAUAACCAAAUGUUAAUAUUUUGACACGUUUCCUUGUACAAUUUUGAAAAUAAAAUCUUCCAAACAUUAUCACAUCUUUUGUGAUGAAAAAUGAUUACCUCCAUAUAAUUUACUGAUACGUUUUUAAAGGGAUAGUAACCCAAAAAUAAAAAUUCUCUCAUCAUUUUCUCCAGGGGCAUUGCUAGACAUAAAGGUCUACUGUUGCACAGCUCUCCCAUUACUCGUAUUGCUUUUUUUUUUUUCUUCUUCUUGAAAGCCUGCUGCGUGCAAGAAGUGUACAACACAAUGCACUAUACAAAACCUUGCUUAACCCACUAUUCCAACACUGCAACAAGUACUGGGAAAGGUAAACAUGUAGAGA